GCGCCGGUGUUAAAAAAGUAUCCUGCAAAGAUGAGUUGUAUGGCUCUGUGAUUUUUUCCAAAAUCGAUUUGAGAUCCGGUUACAAUCAGGUGAGGAUGGAUCCUAUUGAUAUCCAUAAAACUGCUUUUAAAACACAUAGUGGCCAUUUUGAGUAUUUGGUAAUGCCUUUUGGCCUCACCAAUGCUCCUGCCACUUUUCAGGGAUUGAUGAAUGAGAUGCUUCUGAUCAGGAUAUUUGGCAACCAGCUCUUGUUUCUUAUUGGUUUAAGUUAUACUAAUCCGACUUAUGCUGCUGCUGUACAGCCAGCCAUUCCAGUGUUUACAUUUCUGUUUACUGUAAUUAUGGGGAUAGAAAGAGUGAACUUGCUCAGAUAUGAAGGUCUGGCAAAGGUUGGAGGAACUAUUGUCUGUGUUUCUGGUGCCAUAUUGAUGGUUUUUUAUCGUGGUCCAGCUUUGAUAGGAGAUGAAGAAAUGCAGAAUGUUGCACAAAUUAAAAUAAGUGCUAGAGGUCAGCAAGAGGCUUCUGGAUGGUUAAUCAAUAGUUUAAACAAUCUUGGAUUAGACAAUUUUCAACUUGGGGUUAUAUUCUUGAUAGGGAACACCUGCUGCAUGGCUGCUUUUCUAGCCAUUCAGUUACUUGGGCAUCUUAUAGAGAAAAACAGGCAACUUUGGGAGUUACUCCUCAUGCCUCUUCUGUCUCUGAACCACUUAUUCAUGAAAAAAGUUCAGACUAGGGAGGUCACAUUUCUUCGGAUUCAGAUUCUCUGA